GGCGCAGGCGCUGGAGAGCCGGGUGGAAGACCUCGGCCAGCAGCUCACGGCCGUCGCGAGCCAGGUGGAGGGCAUCGCCAGCCACGUGCAGCACCUGACCGGUCCGGACUGGCGGGCCGCGGACCCGCAGCACUGGCUGGAGGACGGGAGGGCCCCGCCGGCGCCGGGGAGGGCGCUGCCGGCACCGGGGAGGCAGCGAACCCCGUCGAGGAAACUCAGCAAGGGCAGCGAGCUGCCCGGCACCACCAAGGCCAUGGAGAUGCUGCACGAUGUCAUGGAAGAUGUGAAAACCCUGAAAGAAGCCAAGGAAAAGGCGCAGGACCAUUCCGAGAAAGUCUUCCAAAGGAUGAAUGAACUGGAGAAGAUAGUCAGAGAACGGGACGCAUUCCUGGAUCUAGUGGGCCAGAAGCUGAGCUUGAAGCCUAUUGGAGAAGAGGUCACAAUGGUCACCUGGGAGGAGCUGGAGCAAGCCAUCACUGACGGCUGGAGGGCCUCGCAAGGGUUACUGACCUCUGGUCAGGGCUCAGAGACAACCCUUAAACGCAAAAAGAAGUCUUCCUUAACAUCAGAUGACGGAGCCUCCACAAGCGCUGACCAGACUCUGGAUUCCGCCAGUGGGCGUGUUUUGGAUCAGACCUUAUCAGGAAUCAGUGCCGGAGGACUCCCCUCUGAGGGACGGAGCAGGAAGCGAAGCAAAGGCGUCCCCGUCACCGCAUCCCCUGGUAAAGCACAGCACCCACGGGCCCGUGAUGAAGCCGGCCCGGCCAAGUCCCAUCAGCCAUCUGUGUCCCAAUUCAAACUAGAGUCGGACCGUCACAGGCCUCAAGAACUGCCGCCCCACAUCUUAGCACGUCUAAGAAAAGAUGAACGAGAGGCACACCCUGGUCUCCUUCAACAAGACUUACCCUCAGCCACCGUGAUCGGAGGUCAGCCUCUUCUUGUUUACCCGGAUCAGCAGGGAGGCGUUCCUGUUAGCUAUGGUCAAAUCUACCCAAGGCCAGACCAAUACGGAGCAGGGCCGCUUGACCCGGAUCAACUUGCAUCGCUCCAUCCGAGCACCUACCCGCACAGUGCGGUACCCCUCAGCCUGGGGCAGCCCGGUGUGAUGCCACCUGGAAUGGCCGAGCAGCAGUUGGUACUACGUGGCAUGGAACAGCAUGGUGUGGUCCCGCCUCAGCCCGGUUUGGGGCAGCCUGGGGCAGCUCAGCCCGGUUUGGGGCAGCCUGGGGCAGCUCAGCCCGGUUUGGGGCAGCCUGGGGCAGGCCAGCCCGGUUUGGGGCAGCCUGGAAUGGAUCAGCGUGGUUUAGUCCAUCCUGGCAUGGAUCAGCGAGGUUUGGUGCAACCUGGUAUAGGUCCGCCUGAUUUGCCCCAACCUCAAAUGGGUCAGCCCGGUUUGGUCCAGUCUGGUGCAGGUCAGCCCGGUUUAGUAGAACCUGGUGCCUAUUCACAAAGUUUGGUUCCACCUGGUGCCCAUCCUCGUGGUUUGGUCCAGCCUGGUGCCCAUCCUCGUGGUUUCGUGAAGCCUGGUCCUGAUCGCCGAGGCUUGAGGAAAGCUGGUGUAGACCAACAAGGCUUGACACCACCAGACACAGGGCUUCGUGGCUCUCCAACAGUCCACCAAGAGUCUCUAAGAUUUGUAUCGCCUGAUCCAUAUCAGCAGGGCAUACCUCCUAAGAAAGGUCACCAUGGCCAGGUGUCACCGCCCCUCGCCAGUCAAGGCUCGGCAUCACCAGGUGCUGCCCAAGAGGGUAUAUCAGAAACUUACCAGCAAGGCUUGAUACACCCUGGCAUAGACCAGCGUGGCCAGAUAAAACCAAGCGCAGACCAGCAGGACCGUCCAUUCUCUAUCGCAGAAUCCCAUGACCUGAUGUAUCCUGGCCCUCGUGGCCCAGGCUUCCCUGGGGUAAGUCAGUAUGUCCAGGUCAGUUUGGAUCCAAAACAAAUAUAUACUUCAGACCAGCCUGCCCAGACUACCCCAAGCCAAGAAGCCACCUUUGCCAAGAGCACAGUCUCUCUCCACGAUCUCUAUCGAGUCGCAUCGGAAAGGAGUGAUAUCCACAGCGAAAGACAUGAGUCACUGGAGAAAUUGUACCCCAGCUUCCCCAUAGCAAUGGAAACAUUUCAUCUGAUGGGAGAGCUCAUUGGCCUUUACGUAGAGCUCAAGGAGAAGAUGAGCGAGCUGGAGGAGGAGCAGGCUGGCCAGACCGACCUACAGAAGUUACAGUACUUGCUUACGCUCAUGGUCAAAAAGACUAUAUCGCCUGACCUGCAGGAACAGCUGAAGACCUUGACCAAAGAAGUGCGGCAGGAAAAAGCAAAAGUGGACAGAAUGCAGAAGCUCCUGGAGGGCGACGUGGAGCCGGAAAUAGGAAAAGAGAUGAAAGAGGAUGAGCUGAGCGUGCAGCUGGGAAUCCUCAGAGUCACCGUGGCCGAUAUUGAGAAGGAGCUGGCAGAACUCAGGGAGAGCCAAGAGCGGGGCAAGGUCAGCAUGGAGCACUCAGUCUCUGAGAUCUCCGUGUACCUGCAGGACCAGCUGGACAAGCUCAGGAUGAUCAUCGAGAACAUGCUGGCCUCGUCCUCCACGCUGCUGUCCAUGAGCAUGGCUCCUCGCAAGACGCCGGUAGCCCCGACGCCUGGCGAGAUUGACCCCCAGGCCACCUGCCCUUCCUGUAGCCUGGACCUGAGCCAUCAGGUCAGCCUGCUGGUGCAACGCUAUGAGGAGCUCCAAGACAUAGUCACCAGUCUGGCCGCCGCCCGGCCAUCCAAGAAGGCCAAGCUCCAGAGACAGGAUGAGGAGCUGCUGGGCCAAGUCCAGAGGGCCAUCCUGCAGGUGCAGGGCGACUGUGAGAAGCUCAACAUCACCACCAGCAGCCUCAUCGAGAACCACCGGCAGAAGCAGAAGGACAUUGACGUGCUGUACCAGGGUCUAGAGAAGCUCGAGAAGGAAAAGGCCAACAGGGAGCACCUGGAGAUGGAGAUGGACGUGAAAGCUGACAGGAGCGCCCUGGAGGCCAAAGUGAGCCGGGUGCAGUUUGACGCCACCACGGAGCAGCUGAACCACAUAAUGCAGGAGCUGAUGGCGAAGAUGAACCGCCAGGAGCAGGACUGGCACAAGAUGCUGGACAAGCUGCUGCUGGAGAUGGACAGCAAGCUGGACCGCCUGGAGCUGGACCCCGUGAAGCAGCUGCUGGAGGAUCGGUGGAAGGCCUUGCGGCAGCAGCUCAAAGAGCGCCCCCCACACUACCAGGCGGACGAGGCAGCGGUCAUGCGGAGGCAGCUCUUGGCACAUUUCCACUGCCUCUCCUGUGACCGUCCCUUGGAGACGCCUGUGCCUGGACAAAUGAUCCCUGUGAUUCCCAUGGGCCCAGGCCUGCCCGGGCACUGUUCCACCCGCCCCUACAUGGUCUUUGAACUGGAGCAGAUCCGGCAGCAGAGCCGCAACCUAAAGCUGGGCUGCACCACCUUCCAUCGGGGUGACUUCGCGGGCACGGAGCGGAGCGUGGGGCGCCUGCGCACCAUGCACUCCAGGAUGCUGAUGGACAUUGAGAAGGUGCGGGUCCACUUUGGAGGCUCAGUCAAGGUCAACAGCCAGAUGAUCCACGAGCUUCUGCAGGCACCGUGCCUGAGCUCCCCCUGCCACAAAAGGGUGCCCAAUGCGGCCAACUAUACCUACUCGAGCAUGCCACGGCACUGUGGGGGCAGCCACACCCUCACCUACCCCUACCUCCGCACCCGCCUGCAGCACCUGUCACAGGGCCUGUGCCCCACAGAGGAGAUGCAGAUCGCCGUGAAGCACGAGGAGGUGGAUAUCUUGGGCCUGGAUGGACAUGUUUACAAGGGACGGGUUGAUACAAGGCUGCCGGGCAUCCUGACCAAAGACACGCCAGCCCUAGCGCCAGCCUUAGGACUGACCAAGCACAAGUCCAAGCAUCCCCAGCGGCACGUGCACCUGCCCCGGCAGCCGUCUGUCAGUGACAGCAGCCAGCGCCUCUCCAGGUCUCAGAGUACUCACGUGCUGGCGGGCAGCAACUCAGCUCCUUCCCGUCAGCGGAAAGACAGACCCGUCUCCUUGGAGGGGCACCUCUCCCAGUCAAAUGUGGCCCAUCCGCCCAGCCCCAGCGAGGUGGCAAACCCGCCGGCCGAUCUGAACGUGAACCCGGAUAUGCCUCCGGGGGAGGGGCUCGAGGAGCCCACCCGGGGGCCGAGGUCCGCCAUCCCUCAAUGAGCAAAGUGACCAAUAAAUGUUUAGGAAGCAGC